CGAAGAAGCAUCAUCAACGCACCAAGUUUGUAUAACGCCAGCAUGCCAAAGGAGUGUGGGGGCCGCGUCGGUAUGAGUCUCUCUGGUAGAAGGAAGUGGUGCAGACUAGACGAGGGACCUCGAAGGACGUUUGUACAUAUGAGAUAUGUCAAUAGACUAAUGGAGGCAGUCUCGGUUAAGUCACUAAUCAUCUCCCUGAUGACGGUGGCGGUUGGCCAGCAUUUUGCUGACUGGAUGGAGACCGUGACCUUGGGCUGGAGCUAUAAUGACCCAGUCUCUAAGGCACUGUACAGACCUGCGAGGGUGUUUCGAGACUUCGACUCGGGUAACUGGCAGAGGAGUAAAGGCAACUGUGCCUGCAACAGUAAAUACGCCAGAUUCACUGAAUCAGCUACGGAGGGACUACUAGAGGAAGGGAGGAUUGGGACUCUCUCAGGCCCGCAUGUCAUCACUACGGAUUACUCCAUUUCUCGCCUCCCGCAGCUCGGACUCAUCCUGGCAUAUGGUCUGAACCAUAUGCUCACCGCGGAUAUGGAUGUUGAAGCUACGGUCGGAGAAGUCUUACGUGUGCUUGAUGAUACGAUGGCACUAUACACUAAAGAGUACCUCGACGACGAGCUGGAGCUAUGGCGCUGCAGUUUGGAGGUCCUCAAUGGUGAAUUGGGAGGGGUCGAGAGAGGCAGUGUCGAAGAUGUCAUCGGAGGUGGGUGGAGUGGUGUCGUUAUGGAAAAAGCGGGGGCGGGAGGGAGCGGGCACAGACUGGUGAUGGGGGUGGAGGAGUCGAUCGUGGUGAAGCAUGCGAGAGAGGAGGUCAGCAAGGGGCAUGUCGGGUUCGUGGGCGAGGGCGGUUGCAAGGUCCUUGUGGCAUACUCGCUUGAUGCGGGAGAUGAACACAAAGUUGGGAAUGACGGUGGUGGGGAGGUGGUGUCGGAGGGAACAAACAUAUUGGACGAAGCGGUUCGUGGAACCGGUCUGGCGGAGGUGGCAGAAUUGUUCAAGGUAGUCAUCAAUGGUUUUCUGGGGGGGAAAGGUGGCAGUGAGAAGGUUGGCCCAUUGGAGGAAGGAGUGACGUGGUCCUCUAGAGGCUCGGCGGUUGCUGACUUCAGCCAUCCACCAUUUGGCGGCAUUGCCGAAGAGGCGGGAGGUGGCAAUGGGGAGCCAGUGGGCAAGAGGCAUGUGGUGGAGGUGAAAAGAGUUAUGGAGCUGGAGGUCAUACGGUUGGAUAGGCCAGAGAUAUUGGCUUCGAUUUUGGUGAUGGACGCGCGGAUGUCCGUUUGGAAAGAGGACAUCAUGCGAAUGAGGGUGGCGAUAUCGGUGGCAACGGGCUCGGAUCUUUGUUUGCACGUAAGUUCGCGAGCGAGGCUGUCAACAAACUGGGUGUUAACGGCGGUCAUAUCGAUGCUGGAGGAUUGGGCCAUGUUGGGGGAAGAUGGAGUGGAUGCGGUGGCUGAGGCGACGGUUGCGGAUGAGGUGGAGGCAGACACGGCGGCAACGGCGACAGCGACGGCGGCGUCGGCGGCGUCGGCGGCUGCGCGUUGGGAGGUCUUGGUUUGGCGUGGUGGCAUGUGGAGAUGUAGCCACCCUUAUUUGUUUGAUGGAGUAGAGCCUGAGCCAUUUGAGGAGGGGGAGCAUCUCGUUCAGGCUAGCGGGAAAUUACGGCUAUUGGAUGCUUUGUUGAGGAAGCUUAAGGAAGGAGGCCACCGUGUCCUGAUCUACACGCAGAUGACACGUACACUUGAUAUUUUGCAGGACUAUCUGGAGUAUCGCAACUACUCCUUUGAGAGACUAGAUGGUUCAGUCCGUGCAGAGGAGCGAUUUGCAGCAGUUCGCAGCUUCAGUGCACAGGGUGAUACUGAUGGUCACAGAGCGGACUUCUCCGGAACUCACAAUGAUGAGCAUGCAAAGGCUGCAUUUGUUUUCUUGUUGACAACAAGGGCCGGAGGAGUUGGUCUCAACCUCACAGCAGCAGACACAGUCAUCUUUUUUGAACAAGAUUGGAAUCCUCAGUGUGAUAAGCAAGCUGUCCAACGUGCCCAUCGGAUUGGUCAGACAAAGCCUGUUCUUUCCAUAAACCUUGUUGUUUGUGACACCGUCGAAGAGGUCAUAAUGAAACGAGCCCAUAAGAAACUGAAACUGGCACGUGACUUAAUGUCAAGUGAGGAAGAGAACAACAAGGAGGAGGAGGAAGAGGAGCUUCAACCUCCACAUGUGAAAGAUCUCCACCAAAUGCUACAGCACGGGCUGCACAAGCUUCUUGGCCCCUUGGGAUCAGAGCCCGAGUCAUCGUCAACGGGUGUCAUCGGAUCUAGCAUUCUGGCGAAGACGGAAUCGGGAGGAGAGUCCUGUGCACGUGACGAGGAUGAGGGUCGUAACUAUGAUGGUAUGGUGUUUGCAGCCCUCAAGCAAAGAGGGGCAGAAGAUAAGGACAUAAUAGCAAGGGACGCAGAGCUCACAGGUGGCGACGAGGAAAAAGAAGGGCAGAGGGAGCUCAAAGACAAGGAGGCCUUGGAAAGCCUCAUCGUGGAUGCCAAUACGGGCAGACCACGAUCAGCUGCCGGCAAGCUCAGGUUGGACAGUGAGGCCAGAGGAGGUUUAAGGACGAGAGAUGCAAAGUCUUUAGAACAAAGGAAGGAAGAAGAAGAGGAAAGGAAAGUGAAGAGGCACAGGGUAGCUGAGGACAGGAAAAGAGCGAAGUGGGAAGCAAUCGGGUACACAUCGAUGGCCGUCAGUGUUCCGUGUGAGGUGUCUGCUGCAGGUGAGCUAGCAGCAGACACAGCAGACAAAAACGAUGUGGCAGGAAAUGGCGAGGACGAGGACUUGAAUUUUGUCUUCGGCGACUGCACGAAACCGAUACUCAAGGGUAACGAAAAUGCAGCAAUUAUCUUGAGUGCCGUUGAUGACUCAGUUAUGGGUUACUGACUUACUAACUCGGCAUGUGAUUCUCAAAAGGGCUUCACUCCACUACUCACCAAAUGUGCAAAACUACCGUAGAAUGAAUCUUCUCCUAGAAA